AUGCCUCCUGACGACGAAUCGAGAACUGCAAGGUCCAGUAGCAGUUCGAAACCUCAUCUCGCGUCCACGUACCGUCUCCCACAGAGCCAUAUCCCUGACCGAUUAAGAAUGGGCGAUGAUGAACAUGAGGAUAUGACCGCUCCGCCUGCGGGCACAGCUGGCCGUGGAGGGAGGUUCCCAUAUAUGCACCAGUCCGUCUUCUCCAUGAUCGCUGCCGCGAGCUCUAAAAACGAUUUCCACAGCCGUUUCGAUGAAUCUAGCGAUGCGGAAGAUGAGGAUGCCGAUGUGGCCCGGCUGCCCAAGGACCGCUUCUUAUCGAACGAUGGUGUCGAUGGUCGUCGUGAUGGUGGUGCUUCAACUAGCCAUGUUCUGAAUAUCGCUAAGCGGGACAAGUCAUCAGUACCCAACGCAGCGGAGGACCGUGGUCGACCGCAUCAUCGGAAAAGGCUUUCGGAAAACAAGUUUUUGAAGUCACUGGCGAAACUACCACAUAGGGGUAAAGGCAAGGUGCCAGCACCUGAACCGGAACCGGAUCUCGAUCCAACAGUUACAAGCGAGCCGUCAUCGGCGAAAGCUGUACGGCUGGUAGCCGCUACGGAGGCUCCAGUCCUGAGCCGCAUGCUCGACGCACAGUCUCGCUUUGGCGAAUCUGAACCGCUGCUUAACCCGACAGAACCUCCAGGGAAAACUUGUUGUCAACGAAAGGAAUUGUCGCCUUCAUCCCUACUUUCCGCGAGACUCAUGGAUAUUUUCGGAUUUGAUAGACCGGAAAAGGUCAUAUCAGAAUAUCAAUGCUGGUUGCUCCAGAGUGUGUUGCUUCAGGGAUAUAUGUAUAUCACCGAAAAGCAUAUCAGCUUCUACGCCUACCUUCCGAAAAAGCCCCAUACCAUCAUCAAAUCAGGUUAUCUCUCGAAGCGAGGACGCCAAAAUCCGAAGUAUAAUCGGUACUGGGUUGCCCUCAAAGAGGAUGUAUUAUCCUAUUAUAUGGAUCCUUCAAACUUGUAUUUUCCAAGUGGUCAUGUCGACCUACGUUAUGGGAUAUCCGCCAAUCUCGCAGAACAGAAGGGCAAGGAUAAAGAUACAGAUAACAACGUGAAGGAUUUCACCAUCACGACAAACAAUCGAAUAUACCAGUUUCGGGCCGAUAGUGCGACGAGCGCGAGGGAAUGGGUGAAGACCUUACAGAAGGUUAUCUUCAGGUCCCAUAACGACGGUGAUAGCGUUAAAAUAUCAUUGCCGAUCGAGAAUGUUAUAGACAUAGAGGAGAAUCCUGUCAUUGACUUUGCGCAUACGUUCAAAAUCCGUGUGGUUGAAAGCGGCGAAAGUUAUGCCAUUGAUGAGCAUAUUCAACAAGCUAUGCUUGUUCCUGAUGGUGGCCAUAUCUCCGGGUGUCGUCGCUCUCACUCGGUCGAUGUUAUUUCACAUCCGUCCACUCAUGAAACAACGUUAUUAGCUGAGGCCGUCAAAGCCACCCUGCGGCCGCUAUCUCCUCUUGAUAGCCAGUAUGGAAGUCCUAAGCAGAGUCAAGAUCUUCCGAGAUCCCAUUUUCGUACGUUUAGCCGUGGUAGGAGACAGCAUAGCCGUGAAUGCAGCGAGGCAGGGUUUGAACAAAAGAGGAGCGAUAGUACAAACAGAGCAAGUGUUGGGGACAAUCAAGAUGAAAGGUCUGCUGGGGGUAAACUGCAGAAUUCUUCGGAUUCGUUUGUUCAGUCGUUAGAACAUGCCACGGAAUCUUCUGCCAUUUUACAGUCUACAAGCGGGACAGUAGAGUCUGCAAGUCAGAUUUUGAACAGGAGCGAUGUAUUUCGGUCGCCCACCAUUCACAGGCUACAAAAUUCAUUGCCUGGAUCUGGGGAAGCGCCCCGACGCCAUUCUGAGGAUACCGCUCGUUUUCCUCCCACAUCCGCCGAUCUUCUACCUUUAAGAACACAGACGACACAGUCGCUUAUGAAACAGGCCCAACAAGAUGCUGGUAGUGACUCUGAACAUGAUUUGCAGCAUCGAAGCGUAGCGCCUUCUGCGUCAUCACCAACUCUUCAGGAACUUAUGAAGGCCGGUUCCUAUCCGUUACAACGUGCGGCAGGGUUCGCUGGAUAUCUUAGAAACCGAUCGAAGCACAUGAGCAACCUUCUUGCAACCGAGUCAAUGGGGUACUUUGAAAAAGUGUCUGGUAUGUGGAUAGGUGGAAAGAGACACUAUGGUGAUGGCGAAACUAUCCUCUCUGAUGACAAAAUGGUCGAUCCAGAAGAUGAAGAACAGGGAUGCGAACAUGGUGAUAGAUUUCGCACCCACUUCGCCCUGCCUCCAUCGGAAAAGCUACAAGCCACAUACUUCGCAUAUCUCCAUCGGGUCAUACCGCUUUAUGGCAAGUUAUACAUCAGCAAUCGGAAAUUUUGUUUUCGGAGCCUACUUCCGGGUACACGAACCAAAAUGAUCCUACCACUAAAAGACAUAGAAAAUGUGGAGAAAGAGAAGGGCUUUCGGUUUGGGUAUCAUGGGCUCGUUGUUAUUAUUAGUGGUCACGAAGAAUUGUUCUUUGAAUUCAAUACCGCCGAUGCACGAGACGAUUGUGCAGUUACUUUGCAUCAAAAUCUCGAGUCUAUUCGAUACCUAGUUGAGUCCGGCUUGCUGGCACAGCAGGAGCGAGAGGAGGCUGAUGCAGCAAUGGCCGAACACCAAAUGCUGGAAGAAGCAAGGCUCGAAGGCAUGGAUGAACAGCAAAGUUCCCAAACAUUAUCUACAUCUAUGCCAUUGUCGUCCACAAGCUCGCCCAUUCUCUUUGACGAUCCACGUGUUUCCAUUGUCAACUUCAAGCCGCAGGAGGCAUUGAGGAUUACAUGUCUUACCAUAGGCUCCCGAGGUGACGUCCAGCCAUACAUUGCUCUCUGUAAAGGUCUAUUGGCAGAGGGCCACAUACCUAAAAUCGCGACACAUAGAGAGUUUGAGCCCUGGAUAAGGAGUCACGGCAUCGACUUCGCACCAGUUGAAGGUGACCCCGCAGAACUUAUGCGAAUUUGUGUGGAAAACGGGAUGUUCACCUAUUCGUUCCUGAAAGAAGCUUCGUCGAAGUUUCGAGGCUGGAUCGAUGACCUUCUCUCUUCCGCAUGGACAAGCUGUCAAAAUAGCGACAUACUGAUCGAAUCCCCGAGCGCUAUGGCUGGCAUACACAUCGCCGAAGCCCUGGGAAUACCAUACUUCCGCGCAUUCACUAUGCCGUGGACCAGGACUAGAGCAUACCCUCAUGCAUUUGCUGUUCCUGAACAUAAGAUGGGCGGUGCAUACAACUAUAUUACCUAUGUUAUGUUUGACAACGUGUUUUGGAAAGCCAUUGCAGGUCAAGUGAACCGUUGGCGGAAACGAGAACUAGGCCUUCGCAGCACCAACCUCGACAAGAUGCAACCAAACAAGGUCCCUUUCUUAUAUAAUUUUUCACCGUCAGUCGUCCCGCCGCCCCUUGAUUUCUGCGACUGGAUUCGCGUGACAGGCUACUGGUUUCUGGAUGAAGGCGCUAAUUGGCAACCUCCUGUUGAACUCGAGAAUUUCAUAAAACAAGCCCGAGCUGAUGAAAAGAAAAUCGUGUAUAUCGGCUUUGGUUCCAUUGUCGUUUCAGACCCAGCGGCUCUCACUAAGACUGUUGUAGACUCAGUGCUGAGGGCUGAUGUGCGAUGCAUUCUAUCUAAAGGCUGGUCAGAUAGACUUGGUGACCCGUCCAGCGCGAAAGCUGAGAUCCCUUUACCUCCGGAGAUCCACCAGAUUAAGUCCGCGCCCCACGAUUGGUUGUUCUCACAAAUUGAUGCAGCAGCGCAUCACGGUGGAGCGGGUACGACCGGUGCGAGUCUGCGAGCUGGGAUCCCGACGAUCAUCAAACCGUUCUUUGGGGAUCAAUUCUUUUUUGGGUCGCGUGUGGAGGAUCUUGGUGUUGGGAUCUGUAUGAAGAGGCUUAAUGUGAGCGUGUUCUCUAGGGCACUCUGGGAAGCUACACAUAGCGAGCGGAUUAUUGUUAAGGCCAAAACGCUUGGGGAACAAAUUCGGAAGGAGGACGGCGUAGCUACAGCUAUUCAAGCUAUAUACCGCGAUCUUGAGUAUGCCAAGACUCUUGUUCGACAACGGUCCCCGACAACAUCAGCCCCCCAGACAGCGAUUUACGCAGUCUCAAACGAAGAAUCAGCUGCUAUGAUAUCAUCCGAGACCAGUCCGGAUGACGAUGGUGAUGGUGAGGAUGAUGCUGAUGCUGAUGCGGCCAUGGAAGACUCAUGGACCUUCGUGGGCGAUGAGACAGAGACUGACGUUACAAAGAAGACUAGAGCACGUGAAAGGGACUACGAUAUCCGCCUUGAUAAUGUGGCUACAGCUGGUGUAAUCAAUGGCAGCGGCGGCUAUGGCAGCGACAGCGGAAAAGGAUAG